UUUGUCCAGGUAUCAUGUACACUGCAAGUGCAAUUGGCCCAGCGCUGGGUUUCCUCCUGGGCGCUCUGUGCAUCAGUUACUAUGUGGACAUCAACUGGCUGGACUACACCAAUGUAGAGAUGACUCAGAAGGACCCCAGAUGGGUGGGGGCAUGGUGGGCAGGUUUCCUCCUAUGUGCCUUGUUCCUGGUACUAUGUGCCCUGCCCAUCCUGGCCUUCCCGGCCACGCUGCCCAAGGUGCUGCGGAUGGAGAAGACGUACCACCUGACGGCCGAGGGCACGGAGGAGGAGGGGGACGGCAGCACGCUCCAGAAUGAGGGCAUCACGCACAUGAGCUUUGGCAAGAAACUUCGAGACAUCCCCCACGCAGUGAUGAGCCUGUGCACCAACGUGCCUUACCUGUGUAUCAGCCUGUGUGCCACCAUGGAGCUGUCCGUCGUCACCGGCUUCAUCACCUUUGUACCCAAGUUCCUGGAGUCACAGUUUGGGGUCUCUGCUUCCGAGGCUAACCUCCUCACAGGAGUGGUGAUCAUCCCCAGUGCAGGCGGUGGCAUCCUGCUGGGCGGUUACAUCAUGAACCGGCUCAAGCUGGAUCUGAAGGGCGCGGCGCAGUGGUCGCUGGUCAGCGCCGUCGUGUCGCUCAUCUGCCUCGCCACGCUGUUCACCGUGGGCUGCCACACUAUCAACAUAGGGGGGCUCACCAUACCCUAUAGCGACAGUCCCAACUUUGACCACCAGGCACCCAGUGAGUUCACAGCCAACUGUAACCUGCACUGUGACUGUGCCAUCCACUCGUACUCCCCCGUCUGUGGCUCAGAUGGUAUCACCUACUUCAGCCCCUGCCAUGCAGGCUGUCAUAAAGUCACCAACUUUCUAUGGGACGGACAGACCACCAAAUAUAACUACACUGACUGCAGCUGUGUAGCAGUUGUCUCUGUGGAAACCAUCAACACCAAGAAGUACCGCAUCGAGGAGCAGAAACUGAGAUAUGGAGGCCAUGUCAUCACAGGAAAAUGUCACCGUGACUGCGGCACGCUGGCGCCGUUUCUGGUGUUCCUGUUCAUCGUAACCUUCAUCACCUGCUGCGCACAAGUGCCUGCCAUGAUGGUCACCCUCAGGUCAGUGAAGAAGGAGGAGCGACCCUUUGCCCUUGGCAUCCAGUUUGUCCUCUUCCGAACACUUGGUGAGUAUUGCCUUUGAUACACAUACAUGUAGAAGUAUGCAC